CGGCCGCAGAAACCGUAAAAGGCUGGAGCAGGCGGAGUAGGUGUGGCUCUGCCUGCGUGAUCAGAGCCCUAGUCCGGGUCCUCGUCUCCCGCGGCUGCAUCCUCUCAGCCAUGGGCUCCGUCUGGUCAGCCCUGCUGGUCGGAGGGGGUCUGGCGGGAGCGCUUUUCGUUUGGCUGUUGCGGGGCGGCCCUGGGGACAACGGGAAGGACGGAGACGCUGCUCUUGGGGAGGCUGCGGCUGCGGGAGAAGAUCAGGAUGCUGGCGGCGGUGGGUUGAGCCCCGGAUCUCAGAAGCAAGAGCUGGUCACCAAACCAGAGCAUCUUCAAGAAAGCAAUGGACAUUUGAUUUCUGAGACCAAAGGCCGUGGUAACCUGCAGGAAGCAUCACAGGGACUGCAGAAUCCUUCCGGAGAACACUGGGACAAUGCAAGACAGCAUGCUCCUGCUAGACAGAACCCAGGCACACAUUCUGUAGCUACUUCUGAGAUUGGUAACUCCAGGGGUUACUCUCAAGUUUCAAGAAAUGAAAGCCUUGAAUCUCACACAGGAGAACAGAGAUUCCAAAAAGAACAUGACACACCCACUAAAGCAGCUACAUGUUUUGCACAGAAGAUGCCUUCUAGCAACCUGCUCAUGAACAGAGCUACAGAAGUGAGUCUUGCACGGUUGAACAGUCAGGACCUCACUGACCAUGAGGACUGGGAAAUGGUGUCUAGGCACUCAUCCUGGGGAGAUGUUGGUUUGGGUGGCAGUCUUGAGGCCUCAAUGGACUGUGGCAAAAGCACUCUUGUGGAGGCAAGAGGUUGGGAAAUGAAUGGGAAAACAAAAAAGUUUGCAGCAAUGGCUUCAGAGUCUCGGCAAGUUAACAUCAGGUUUCAGGUGCAUUACAUCACCAGCACUGAUAGGCAAUUCAUUGCAAUAACUGGAGACCAUGAGAAUCUUGGGAGAUGGAAAACUUACAUCCCACUCCACUACCACAAGGAUGGGUUUUGGUCUCAUUCUGUUUUCCUGCCAGCAGAUACAGUGGUGGAAUGGAAGUUUGUGUUGGUAGAGAAUGGGGGAGUUACUCGCUGGGAAGAAUGCAGCAAUAGACUCCUAGAGACUGGUCAUGAGGAUAAAGUGGUUCAGGGGCUGUGGGGGAUCCACUGAUUGUGCCUGCCAAAUAACAGGCUGUAGCAGAAUGUAGAGGAGGCUGAGGGUGCAGAGCACACUGAAUAAUUUAAAAUAAAGGCAGCAUGACUCCAAAUUUAGCCAUCAGAGCUGUUUUGAAUUUCCUAGUGGCUUUUGUCUAAUGUCAGAAAUGCUUCCAGUGAGCAUGGUCUUUUUCCCCCUGUGACUUGGGUUGACUGACGGGUAUUGAUAAAUCAUUACCUUGGAGCUUGGCCUUCUGGGGUGGGGGAUGGCCGCAGUGGCUUGGCUAAACUCAGGUCAGGAAGCCCAGACACUAACCAGCUACACUGGUUCAAGCUUGAGCAUUUAUAGGAGCUCUGGAGACCAUGGCAUUAAAUAAGUCUCAUUGGAAACAGCUGAAGAAACUCUCUUCACACAUUUUACAUUUAAAAUAGUUAACACCAUAUGAAACUGACCAGAAAAAUGUCUGGCCACUACGUGGGAUUAGUAAGGAUCUGAGGUAAAGUUCUGAGACUCCCCAGGUUUUUAAUCUGAUUUCUGCCAGGUGUGGGUUUGAAGUAGUAAGUAUGUUUUGGUCUUAAUGAUCUACGACUGGUAUGGAAACAAGGGUCCUAAUCAAAGUCUGUCAUCAAGGAAGUCAGGCAUGGGAACAUCCCCAUGAAGAAAGGGGACAUGAAUGAGGUUCAGAUGCAGGCUGAGUAGGGGGCCUGAGGGAUACCUCCUGGAGGACCUGCAGGUCCAGUUUCAGCCUGGCUGGACCCAUCACUUCCCCAUGGGAGCCCCUUAGGAUCAUCUCUCUGCUCACUGCCGCCCUCUCCCACCAGGUCUUCAACAGACGGACUGUCCUGUUCAACUGUUUCCAUCGUCCCCCCUUCCCACUCCUUUCAUCCCAGUAGUAUCUCAGGUGACAAAUUUUACACAGGUCAGUGAGACAAAAGUACACCUUUGCUCUGAAAAGAAACACUUAAGCUUUAAGUUAUUGUAAAUGAACAAAGAAUAAAAUCUGAGUUUUAAUCUUUA